AUGGCCGAUACAUCGGAUUUAAAUCUCGAUGCCCCGAGUGAUCUUCAGGACAUUCCAGAUUCGGCAAUGGAACUGGUUCCCCCGCCUGAAGGCACUUUUCCAGACCGAACAUCUUUGUUAGCGUCCGUGCAAGCUCACGGCAAAACUCAUGGAUACAACAUUGUCGUCAAGUCUUCGAGUACUCCAACGGAUAAGAAGCCGGGCCGGACGGCAAAGAUCUGGCUUCGAUGUGAUCGAGGAGGUCAGUAUCGGCCACGCAAUGGCCUCACAGAAGAAACGCGGAAGCGGAAACGGACAUCGCGGCUGAUGGAUUGUCCAUUCAUGCUUGUUGCUGCUGGUAAUCCCGGCUUCUGGACGCUUACUGUUCUCAAUCCUUCGCAUAACCAUGGUCCGGUGAUUGAGAGACCACGACCUGUGCCGCAACAUCGAGUCAAGAAGGGUCAAAUUCCGGCACAGCCGUAUGAUUGGCCGCAUGAUGCUACAUUAACACCUUUUACCACAGCUCUCGUUAUCAUUGACAUGCAAAAAGACUUCUGUGCUCCUGGCGGGUACUUGGAGUUCCAAGGCUACGACAUAUCUCCUUCACGCGAAAUUGUUCCCAAACUGCAAGACCUAUUACAUACUUUUCGCACUGCCGGAUUUCCGGUCUACCACACUCGCGAGGGCCACCGGGCAGAUCUAUCAACACUCUCGACACGAGAAAACUACCGCUCCCGCAAUAAUUCAUCCACCUUGGGUAUUGGCUCACAAGGACCUCUUGGUCGACUAUUAAUCCGGGGCGAGGCGGGUCAUGAUAUCAUCGACGAACUGUACCCUUUACAGGGAGAGCCGGUUAUCGACAAACCUGGUCGGGGAGCCUUUGCCUAUACUGAUUUUGAGCUACUCUUACGAAACAAGGGGAUAAAGAACCUUGUGAUUGCAGGAGUCACUACAGAUGUUUGCGUCUCCACUACCAUGCGCGAAGCCAACGACCGAGGCUUUGACUGUGUGGUCUUGGAUGAUGGAUGCGCCGCCACCGAUCCGCUUCUCCAUGACAGCACGCUGAAUUCAGUCAAGAUGGAAGGCGGGAUCUUUGGUGCUGUCGCAAAAGUGGACGAUGUCAUACACGCAGUGGAAAAUUUCAAGGCUAUUUCAAUUAGGAAAAUGACCCCUGGGCUGGCGCCUCAAAUGAGUGCUCAGCUAAGCGCAUGA